UGGCGAUGGAACCCGCCCAAUCGCUCCCGCGCUUGCCGUGCCCUAAUCUGAGCGUGAAGGAGAAGAAGGAGUUGGCGUCGUACGCGCACAGUCUCGGGAAGAAGCUCAAGUCGCAGCAGGUUGGGAAAUCGGGCGUUACCCCUUCCGUCGCCGCGUCCUUCGUCGAGACCCUCGAGGCCAAUGAGCUCCUCAAGCUUAAAGUGCACGGAAGCUGCCCGGGAGAGUUGAGUGAUGUGAUAAAACAACUCGAGGAGUCCACUGGAUCAGUUGCCGUCAGUCAGAUUGGCCGCUCGGUGAUUCUUUAUCGGCCUAGCCUUAGCAAGAUGAAAAAGAAAGAGGCUCAGAGUGCCAGAAGUGGCGGCAAUGCGAGAUCUUCAUCAAAAUCCACUACCCCAUUCAAAGUACAAAAGAGGAGACAAGUAUCUACUGCCCAUCAACGCCGUUAGCAUAGCAGCUCAUCACAAAUUUUAGCCACUUAGAAUCAUGGUAUUGUUGCCCAUCUACAUUGCUAACUUUUCGCCCUUUAUUAGUGGAAUGUUAGUUUGUAAAUCAUCUUACGAGCCAAAAGAGCAAGCAGAAGAAUCACCUCUGUUGGAUGAAGAAGUUGGGUCCUCAUUGUAACAAGUAAAAAUGGCAACUAUUGAUCGUCUCGUAAUUGUAAGUUAAAUUGCUUGUUAAGUAGUUUUGAUUGUUAUUACAAGUUGAUUGUGUUCCUUUUUUU